AUGUUACUGUAUUUGUCGUGGCUUCGAACGAAACAGAUGGUUACAAGAGGAUCGUCAGGUCCACCGAAGUAAAUGGAUUUCGGGAUAAGUUAGUAGUUCUUGGCCUUGGAAAACCUUGGCGUAGCGGAAGUAUGAGAAAAAGUACAGGCGGUGGUCAGAAAAUCAAUUACCUGCGGGAAGCUCUCGAGGAAGAUAAAGAUGAUUCGAACAAAAUCAUCGUGUUUACCGACAGUUAUGACGUCAUAUUCCUUGGUUCAUUGGAAGAAAUCGUGGAGAGAUUUAAGAAGUCCGAAGCACGAAUUUUAUUCUCUGCCGAGGGCCAUUGUUGGCCGGAUGUUUCUUUGGCUUCCGAGUAUCCAAACGUGAUAAGAGGAAAGCGUUACUUAAAUUCUGGAGGAAUUAUAGGAUACGCCUCAGAUAUUUAUUCCAUUUUACCGACGAAUAUUAACGAUGACGAUGACGACCAACUGUAUUUCACUAAAGUAUACUUGAAUCCCAUUCUGAGGGAAAAGCACAAGAUUAAGUUGGAUCACAGAUCUGACAUCUUCCAGAAUCUCUAUGGAGCAGUAGCCGACAUCGAAUUAAGGUUCAAAGGAAACGAGGGUUACAUCCAGAAUACGGCUUAUAACACCGUACCGCUUGUUAUUCAUGGAAACGGACCAAGCAAAGUGGUACUGAAUUCCUUGGGCAAUUAUUUAGCUCGCGCUUGGAGCCCAGAAGAUGGCUGUUUAAAUUGCUGGGAUGAUACCAUCGAGCUUCAAAAAGACAAAACAGAAACUUAUCCAGUUAUAAUGAUCGCUAUAUUCAUCGAGAAACCGACACCGUUCAUGGAGGAAUUUUUCCAUGGGAUUUAUAAACAAGCUUAUCCAAAAUCGAAGUUACAUCUUUUUAUGCGAAAUAACGUACCGUAUCAUGAGGAAAUUGUCGAGGAAUUCAUUGAGAAUUAUGGCAACGAGUACAUGAGCGUUAAACAGAUCAAACCGAGUGACAACAUCAGCGAAGUUGCUGCAAUUAAUCUGGCACUGGAUAGUUGCUUACUGAAGAAUUGCUCCGGGUUCUUCUUUAUCUACUCGCAUGCCCAGUUAACAAAUGAAUUUACUCUAAAGUUACUGGUUGAACAACAAAGAGGAAUUGUGGCACCUUUAUUAGUUCGACCAUUCAAGGCUUGGAGUAACUUCUGGGGAGCCAUUACUGACGAUGGAUUCUAUGCGCGUAGUUCGGACUACAUGCAAAUCAUACAUAACGAGCGCAGAGGUUUAUGGAACGUGCCGUUUGUUACCGAUUGUUACCUGAUCAAUUCCACAUUAAUCAAGAACAAAGCAACCCGGCCUUCAUAUACCGAAGACGAUUUGGACAGUGAAAUGUCUUUCGCACAUGCAAACAGAGAAAGAGGGAUUUUUAUGUACGUCAGUAACAGGCUGGAAUUUGGACAUCUCGUUAGUACCGACAAUUAUGACAUCAAGUUGACGCAUCCUGACUUUUACCAGAUCUUCGAUAAUAAAUUAAACUGGGAGAAGAGAUACAUUCACGAAAAUUACAGUGAUAGCUUUGCCCCGAAUAAGACGCACAUCCAGCCAUGCCCAGACGUGUACUGGUUCCCUAUCGCGAGUCCCAGGUUUAUUAAAGAGUUGGUAGAAAUUGUGGAAACAUUUGGGAAAUGGUCCGAUGGCACGAAUCACGACCCCAGAUUAGCAGGUGGUUAUGAAAAUGUACCCACUCGCGAUAUUCAUAUGACUCAAGUUAACUAUGAGCAGCAGUGGCUGUACUUCUUAAAGGAGUACGUCAGACCUCUGCAGGAGCUCGUCUUCACAGGCUACUUCCACGAUCCUCCUAGGUCAUUGAUGAAUUUCGUCGUAAGAUAUCGACCCGAUGAACAACCUUCGUUGAAACCACAUCAUGAUUCUUCAACGUACACAAUUAAUAUUGCUUUGAAUCAAAUCGGAGUUGAUUAUGAGGGUGGUGGAUGCAGAUUUAUUCGAUAUAACUGCUCCGUCACUGAUACGAAAGCAGGAUGGAUGUUAAUGCACCCUGGACGUUUGACUCACUAUCAUGAAGGUUUGCUGGUUACUAAAGGCACAAGGUAUAUAAUGAUUUCCUUCGUUGACCCCUAAUAAUUAAUGAAUUUAGGAGAGACGAGUACUGAAACUAAAUGUUAGGUCAACGUCAUAAACUCGAGUAUUGUAAACGCGCAAUGAUCCCCGUUAGGUUUAAGUUAAUUGUUCGUAAUCGCUGUAGGUAAUGGCAAUCGCGAUUGUUUAUACAAAUAUCAGAUAUAUAAGGGUCACAUUGUCAUCGAAACUAAACGACUAUACUCUUCAUUACUAUUUUUAUAUUUAAAUAUAUUUUAUGCGGUUAUGUGAAUCAUAUGUAUUCUCUUAGGAACUGUGACAAUUAAUAACUGUAAAUAUAUAUACUUGUUAAUAAUAAAUAAUAACUGUAAUAGUAAGUUAUUGGUUAAUUUUGAGGAAUGUACACCUCUUUAAAGUACUUCCAAUGCUUAUAACUUUAUAAGCAAGAAGAAACGUUUUUGUACGAGUUGUAACACGGAGAAAAAAUGAAAUAAAACUUGGUACGAGCAGAACUGUAUAUAACAGCUUGACAGUAA